UCUUCACCUUCAUUCACGAUAUUGUCAGCAGUAUGGGUCUCUUGCCUCAGUCCGUCCUGAUCUCACUCAUAUACUGUGAGCGCCUCUUGAGGUGUUGCGGUUUUCGUUUGACUGUACGAUCAUGGAAAAGUAUUAUAUUAGGGUCAUUGGUGAUAGCAUGUAAAAUGUGGGAUGAUGUUCCUGUUCGCAAUCACGACUUCGCUGAA